UAUAUUCUCAGUAGUGACAGUCAAUUGACCGGUCAAAUGACUGUCACUGUUCUUAUAGGGGAUAUAAACAAUUUAAGACAUUACUGAAGAAAAAUAUAUAAAGUUAAAUUUUCUUCUCAAAUACAUCAAAACAUGACGGAUCCCUGGUCGGUCCAAGGUACAAACGAAGUUAUACGACAAGAUAAUUCCACAAAAGAGUCCAAAGAAAAUUCUCCUACUGAAAGUGCUGAUCUAAGAAACGAUUCCCAAACUUUGGGGUUUGAGGAUAGUUUCAUACAAGAAAAAGAUAAAAAUUCAAACACAUUCGAAGCUACUAGUGCUGAAGAUACAUCCAAGGAAGUCGUUGACUCACAACACCAACCUCUCCCUGAUUCGGAAACAUAUUUGCAGAGUUUAGAACGUAAACUUGAAAAACUCAAAAAAGGCUCAAAGCUUGUUGACGCUUUAGCGGAAAAGCGAGAGGAUUGUCUGCGCUCUAUGCUGCAGAAUAAUUCCAGCCAGGGUUUAAAUAAUGAUAUUUUGCUAGAGUUAGAAGCUAGCAUUACCAAUUCUGAUUCAGCUGUACAAAACUUGUAUCGUCAAAUACAACCCGUACAACCGGUAACUGUGGGAGAAACUGUACAUAUUGUUAAAUACGAUCAAUUGGAAGAGCAACGUUUGGAGCAAGAAGCAGCCGAAGAACUGGAUGAAAAUUUACCAGCUAGUCGUUAAUUUUAUUACAAAAAAUCCAUUGGUCAAAACGAUAACAAUGAAUUCCCCGUUUGGUGAAGUUUUUAUGUUUCUUACUAAUUUAGCCUGGAAGAGUCGCUUAACUAUACCAGUUUUGGUAACAACUGCAUUUUUAAUUAUGGAUAUACGUUUACAGAUUGAGAUAAAUAUACAAUCUGGACAAGUGGCGGCUGCCGAAUUUAAUCGUCUUGAUAAUGAUGACGAUGAUGAGUAUAUCGAUAAUAAUGAUGACGAUGAUGAUGAAUAUAAUUAUGAUGAAUAUACCACAGAUUCCAGUGCGGAUGUAGAUGAUGAAGACGAUGAUGAGAAUGACAAUUUAUGGUAGUAGUAGUUAUUUGUUUAAUAAAUAUUUUCUACUUUAACAAAGAAUUUCAUUAGCUUCUAAUAAUCGAAUUACUUUACUUUGUUCUUCUGCAA